GGUUAGCGGACCGGCUAGCGACACGCAAGCGCAGCAGGUAGGCGAACGUUCACGGUCCGUCGCAUUUGCAGGCCCCGUGCGCACUCGCGGAUCUCGUCGCGCUCAUACACCCUACGACGAAAUGUGCGAACACCAACGGUGACCGUGUGAAGUGAUCCCUAACCAGUGAUAGUUUGUUAUUUGCUUCUGUUCAGUGCCUGUGUCUGUGUCAUGAAGAGGAGCUGAACCGUGCCUGUGAUAGUCGACAGCGGAUUAACGAUCAGGCGGAUAACCACAUGCCGCCGCCAUCAUGGUGAUCGUGACCAGGGGCGAUUACAUAUGGAUCGAGCCGGUGUCGGGGCGGGAGUUCGACGUGGCGAUCGGAGCACGUGUUCUCGCGGCCGAGGGACGUCGGAUCCGGGUCCGGGACGACGACGGCAACGAGCAAUGGCUUCCACCGGAGCGCCGCAUCAAGGCGAUGCACGCGACCUCCGUGCACGGAGUCGAGGAUAUGAUCUCACUCGGCGAUCUGCACGAGGCCGGUAUACUAAGGAAUCUCCUCAUCCGGUACAAUGAAAAUCUUAUUUAUACAUACACCGGAUCGAUAUUAGUUGCGGUGAAUCCGUAUCAGAUACUACCGAUAUACACGGCGGACCAGAUCAAAUUGUAUAAGGAGAGAAAAAUCGGCGAGCUACCACCCCAUAUAUUCGCGAUUGGUGACAACGCGUACGCACACAUGCGGAGAUAUAAUCAGGAUCAAUGCAUCGUUAUCAGCGGGGAAUCGGGUGCUGGAAAGACGGAGUCAACAAAGCUUAUACUUCAAUAUCUUGCUGCGAUUAGCGGUAAACAUUCAUGGAUAGAACAACAGAUUUUAGAAGCUAAUCCAAUUCUAGAAGCUUUUGGAAAUGCGAAGACAGUUCGAAAUGAUAAUUCUUCGCGAUUCGGAAAAUAUAUAGAUAUACAUUUCAAUAGCUCUGGAGUUAUAGAGGGAGCUAAAAUUGAACAAUAUCUGUUGGAGAAAUCUAGGAUUGUAUCCCAAGGCACCGAGGAGAGGAACUAUCACGUGUUUUACUGUUUACUGGCUGGAUUAUCCAAAGACGAUAAGAAGAAAUUGGAACUAGGCGACCCUUCAGAAUACAGAUAUCUGUCUGCGGGCGGGAGUUUUUCGUGCGAGGGCAGAGAUGACGCAGCAGAAUUCGCAGAUAUUAGAUCAGCAAUGAAAGUGUUAUUAUUCACAGAAUCAGAAAUAUGGGAAAUUCUAAAACUAUUGGCCGCAGUCUUACAUUGUGGAAACAUAAAGUACGAAGCGACUGUUGUCGAUAACCUUGACGCUACUGAAAUUACAGAAGAAGCGAAUGUAAGAAAGGUAGCCAACUUACUUGGUGUGCCCUUACAAUCUCUUAUACGUGCUUUGACUAGAAAAACACUAUUUGCCCACGGAGAAACUGUUAUAUCAACACUAAGCAGAGAUCAGUCUGUUGACAUUAGAGAUGCAUUUGUGAAAGGAAUUUACGGUAGGCUAUUCGUAACUAUUGUCAGGAAAAUCAACGCGGCCAUUUACAAACCGAAGUCAACUACAAGAACUGCUAUUGGUGUCCUUGACAUUUUUGGUUUUGAGAACUUUGAUCACAACAGUUUUGAACAGUUCUGCAUUAACUUCGCUAACGAGAAUCUGCAACAGUUUUUCGUCAGACACAUUUUCAAAUUGGAACAGGAAGAAUAUAACCAUGAAGGCAUAAAUUGGCAACACAUCGAGUUUGUUGACAAUCAGGAUGCUUUGGACUUGAUUGCUUUGAAACAGCUAAACAUUAUGGCUUUGAUAGACGAAGAAUCUAAGUUUCCUAAAGGGACUGACCAAACUAUGCUAGCUAAACUUCAUAAGACGCACGGUCUCCACAGAAAUUACCUUAAGCCAAAGUCUGACAUUAAUACUAGUUUCGGAUUAAACCAUUUCGCUGGAAUAGUUUUUUACGACACACGGGGAUUCUUAGAGAAGAACCGAGACACAUUUAGUGCUGACUUACUGCAAUUAAUUCACAUAUCGACGAAUAAAUUCUUACAGCAGAUAUUCCAAGAGGAUAUCGUCAUGGGGUCUGAAACAAGGAAACGGACACCGACGUUGUCAACGCAGUUCAAAAAAUCAUUAGACUUGUUGAUGAGAACUUUAGGGACUUGUCAGCCGUUCUUCAUUCGAUGUAUCAAACCGAAUGAAUUUAAAAAACCAAUGCUCUUCGAUCGCGGCCUUUGUUGCAGACAGCUCAGAUACUCCGGAAUGAUGGAAACUAUUCGAAUCCGGAGAGCCGGCUAUCCGAUAAGACAUAGUUUUAAGGAAUUUGUCGAAAGAUAUAGAUUUUUAAUAUCGGGGGUACCCCCUGCUCACAAGACGGACUGUCGAUCAGCCACUGCAAAAAUUUGUGCUCAAGUAUUAGGGAAAUCCGAUUAUCAGUUGGGUCAUACCAAAGUGUUCCUUAAAGACGCUCACGAUUUGUUCUUGGAGCAAGAAAGAGACCGAGUUUUAACGAGAAAGAUAUUAAUACUCCAAAGAUCGAUACGAGGAUGGGUUUAUCGUAGAAGAUUCUUGAAGAUGAGAGCGGCAGCUGUUCUCAUUCAGCGUCAUUGGCGGGGUAAACUACAGAGGAUAAGGUACCAGAAGAUGAAGGUCGGGUACGCUAGACUCCAGGCAUUGAUACGAGCAAGAGUCCUCGCACACAGAUUCAGACAUUUGCGCGGCCAUAUUGUCUCUCUACAGGCUGCGGCUCGCGGCUACCUGGUGCGGAGGUCGUACGGCCACAAGAUGUGGGCGAUCGUGAAGAUCCAGAGCCACGUGCGGCGGCUGAUCGCGGUGCGGCGCUACCGGCGGCUCGCGGCCGAGGAGCGCGCGCACCGCGAGGCGCUGCGGCUGCGGCGCCAGGAGGAGCAGCGCCUGCACCACCAGGGGAACACGCGCGCCAAGGAGAUCGCCGAACAAAACUACAGGGAGCGUAUGUACGAAUUGGAAAGGCGUGAAGCUGAAUUAGCUCUGGAAGAGAAGCGACAAUUGGAAGCCAAGAGGACGUUGCUGCAGGAAGCGGCCCGGAAGCAAGACGAACCUGUCGACGACAGUAAACUCGUGGAGGCCAUGUUUGAUUUCCUGCCCGACUCUAGCAGUGAAGCCCCAGCGCCUAAGGACACAUCCAUUUUCAGUGACUUGCCGCAAAUGAGAGCUGAUCAACAAGAAAUGGUGACACCAAUGCAGACCACUUCCGAAGAUGAAGAGGACCUUUCAGAGUUCAAGUUCCAGAAGUUUGCCGCAACUUACUUCCAAGGAAAUGUCACACAUCAGUACUCUAGGAAAACACUGAAACAUCCAUUACUGCCUUUAUUAACGCAGGGAGAUCAAUUGGCAGCGCAAGCGUUAUGGGUCACGAUUCUGCGUUUCACUGGAGACCUGGCGGAGCCUAGAUAUCACACAAUGGAUCGCGACAAUACGUCAGUCAUGUCCAAAGUCACGGCUACGUUGGGCAGGAACUUCAUCAGGUCCAAGGAGUUUCAAGAGGCGCAGAUGAUGGGCGUCGACCCGGAUGCUUACCUAAAUAAGCAAAAACCAAGGUCGAUCAGACACAAACUGGUGUCUCUAACGUUGAAGAGGAAGAAUAAACUGGGUGAAGACGUCAGAAGGAAGCUACAGGAUGAGGAAUAUACUGCAGACAGCUAUCAGUCGUGGCUGGAAUCGCGUCCAACUUCGAACUUAGAAAAACUUCAUUUCAUAAUCGGUCACGGCAUUCUUCGCGCAGAGCUAAGAGACGAAAUAUAUUGUCAGAUCUGCAAACAGCUGACUAACAAUCCAUCGAAAUCCUCUCACGCCCGAGGAUGGAUCCUCCUGUCGUUGUGUGUUGGGUGUUUUGCACCAAGUGAGAAGUUUGUCAAUUAUCUCAGAGCCUUUAUCAGGGAAGGCCCUCCCGGCUACGCGCCGUACUGUGAGGAUCGAUUGAAAAGAACAUUUAAUAACGGCACGAGAAACCAGCCCCCCUCGUGGUUAGAACUUCAGGCCACUAAAUCUAAAAAACCCAUAAUGUUGCCAAUAACGUUUAUGGACGGCAAUACAAAAACUUUAUUAGCCGAUUCUGCGACAACAGCCAGAGAGCUUUGUAACCAACUCUCGGACAAAAUCGGCCUGAGAGAUCAGUUCGGUUUUUCGCUGUACAUAGCCUUGUUCGACAAGGUGAGCUCGCUCGGCAGCGGGGGCGACCACGUAAUGGAUGCGAUAUCACAGUGCGAGCAAUACGCAAAAGAACAAGGCGCACAAGAAAGAAAUGCGCCGUGGAGAUUAUUCUUUAGAAAGGAAAUUUUCGCUCCCUGGCACGACCCUACCGAGGAUCAAGUAGCGACGAAUUUGAUUUAUCAGCAAGUCGUGCGAGGGGUUAAAUUCGGCGAAUACAGAUGCGAUAAAGAAGAAGACCUGGCCAUGAUAGCUGCCCAACAGUAUUACAUCGAAUACGGGCAAGACAUGAACGCGGAACGACUCUACACGCUGUUACCCAACUACAUACCGGAUUAUUGUUUGACAGGAGUAGAGAAAGCCGUUGAUAGAUGGGGCGCACUCGUCGUGCAGGCAUACAAAAAGAGUUAUUACGUCAAAGAGAAAGUUCCCGCUUACAAAGUCAAAGAAGAUGUUGUGAGUUACGCAAAAUUCAAAUGGCCCCUGUUGUUCUCUAGGUUCUACGAAGCCUACAGAAAUUCCGGGCCGAAUUUACCUAAAAACGAUGUCAUAAUAGCCGUUAAUUGGACCGGUGUUUAUGUUGUGGACGAUCAAGAACAAGUCUUGUUAGAAUUGUCGUUCCCGGAGAUCACAACUGUCGCAAGUCAGAAGACAAAUAAAGUGUUCACUCAAACGUUCAGUUUAAAUACCGUAAGAGGUGAAGAAUUCACAUUCCAAAGUCCGAAUGCAGAGGACAUACGAGAUUUAGUAGUUUAUUUCUUAGAGGGACUAAAGAAAAGAUCAAAGUUCGUGAUUGCUUUACAAGAUUACAAAGCUCCAGGCGAGGGGUCCAGUUUCUUGACAUUCCAAAAAGGGGAUCUAAUAGUGUUGGAAGAAGAAAGUACAGGUGAAUCGGUCUUAAAUAAUGGAUGGUGUAUUGGUCGUUGCGAAAGGACUAUGGAAAGAGGAGACUUCCCUGCGGAAACAGUAUACGUGCUACCCGCUUUAACGAAGCCACCGCCAGAUAUACUAGCUUUGUUCUGUCAAGAAGGCGCACAACACGGUCGAAGACCCCCUACGAGUACCUUCAAUGGAACUGAAUCGAAAGACAAACCUCAUACGCUGUUAGAAUACGCUCUUGACCAUUUCAGAUUACCACCAAAACGCACAGCUUCCAAGGGCCUAACAUUAUCAACAGCCAAACGAGGGGGCUCUGAAGAACUGUGGAGGCACUCCAGAGAACCAAUAAAACAACCUUUGCUCAAAAAGUUGCAAGCAAAGGAAGAGCUGGCAGAAGAGGCCUGUUUCGCUUUUACGGCCAUACUAAAGUACAUGAGUGACCUACCUUCCAAGCGCCCCCGUAUCGGCAACGAAUACACCGAUCAUAUUUUCGAUGGACCUCUGAAACAUGAAAUAUUACGCGACGAAAUUUACUGCCAAAUAAUGAAACAGCUCACUGAUAAUAGAAAUAGAAUGUCUGAAGAAAGGGGCUGGGAAUUAAUGUGGUUGGCUACGGGGCUAUUCGCUUGUAGUCAGGGGCUGCUUAGAGAAUUAACUUUAUUUCUGAGAACCAGAAGGUACCCUAUUGCUCAAGACUCACUUCAAAGACUGCAAAAGACGCUCCGAAACGGACAGAGGAAGUAUCCGCCGCACCAAGUGGAGGUGGAAGCUAUACAACACAAGACAACUCAGAUAUUUCACAAGGUGUACUUCCCCGACGACACCGAUGAAGCUUUCGAAGUGGACUCGUCUACUCGAGCGAAAGAUUUCUGCCAAAACAUCGCUCAAAGACUGAAUCUCAGAUCUAGUGAAGGGUUUAGUUUGUUCGUUAAGAUAGCUGAUAAGGUGAUAUCGGUGCCGGAGGGAGAUUUCUUUUUCGACUUCGUGCGGCAUCUGACUGAUUGGAUUAAGAAGGCGCGUCCUACACGCGACGGAAUCAUACCACAGUUUACGUAUCAAGUAUUCUUUAUGAAAAAGCUAUGGACCAACACAGUUCCGGGUAAAGACAGGGCAGCAGACGUCAUCUUCCACUUCCACCAGGAGCUUCCGAAGUUGCUGCGCGGCUACCACCGCUGCGGCCGCGAGGAGGCCGCCCGGCUCGCCGCCCUCGCCUACAGAGCGAGGUUCGGGGACAACAAGCAGGAGUUGCAAGCUAUUCCACAAAUGCUCCGCGAGCUGGCGCCGGCCGACCUCAUCAAGCUUCAGAGUUCAGCGGAUUGGAAGCGCGCCAUCGUGGCUUCGUAUAACCAAGACGCCGGGAUGACACCCGAAGACGCCAAGAUAACGUUCCUGAAGGUCAUAUACAGAUGGCCAACGUUUGGAUCCGCGUUCUUCGAGGUCAAACAAACUACGGAACCAAAUUACCCUGAACUUUUACUUAUAGCGAUCAAUAAACAUGGCGUCAGUUUGAUUCAUCCUCAAACUAAGGACAUUUUGGUGACGCACCCAUUUACAAGAAUAUCUAACUGGUCGUCCGGGAACACAUAUUUCCACAUGACCAUCGGGAACUUGGUCCGUGGCUCUAAGCUUCUCUGCGAGACUUCGCUUGGGUACAAAAUGGACGAUCUUCUGACCUCUUAUAUAUCGCUAAUGCUGACAAACAUGAACAAACAACGUUCCGUUAGAGUUAAAUAGAUGCUUCAGCUGAAAUAUGUGUAAUACGUUAUAGUCAAGGUUUAGAUAUUACAAAGAUAAUUCUCGUGAAAUGUAACAAACCGAAUAUGUUACGAAUUAGGAAAUUAUAAAAUACAAUACGAACGAAAAAAAAAAAAAAAAAAUACGUAAAACAAUGACCAUUAUGAAACAGGGCAUGGAGGUUUUAAAGCAAAUACAAUGUAUGUAAGUAAUGGUUUUGAAACAAAUUAAUCAGAAUUAAUUUAGGAUGUGACGUAUUUUAGAUUCAAAUUUCGAGCAAUGCGAAUUACAUAUUGGUUUUUUUUUAUUAUUUCAAACACAAAUUAAAAAGUAAUUGAGUCAUUGUUCGGUGAGCCUAUUGCAGGUAGCAUGAUUGCGCCAAUUAAAAUAGUAACGAUUUGAUUUUCAUUACCCAUUAAUUUUUACUUUUGGACCCCUCAGAUCAUGCAAUUUCAAGCAUGUCAAGUUCAAAUAAAGUUCUUUUCCCAAAAUUACAUAUUAUAAUACUAAAAACAGAAAUAUACUUUCCAACUUACGCUUUUAUGCCAAUAUUUUAAUAUAAUAUUUAAAAAAAAAACUUUAACCACAUGGCAUAUAUCCGUCCAAAUAUUAAUAAAAUAUUAUGUAGGUUUUGAACCGUAUUUUUAAACAAUUUAGUCGAAUGUGCUUCUUAAAAUGUUUUAAGAAUAUAAUACAUUUAUUAUUUUUAAUUUAUUCAAUAUUGUAUCUGUGCAUUAUCUUAGAAAUGUUACCGUCAAGUAGGUGGUUGUCAAUUUUAUAGUUCGAUGGUAGUUACUAGGUAACUAAUUCUAGAUAACGGACAGGUAGGAUAUACCUCAAGUAAACAAAUAAUCGUAGUAAACAAAGGAUGGAAUUGUAAUAAUUAUCAAAUAAUAUUAUAUAGAUAAACUAAUUAUCAUACAAAGAUCUGUUAAGUAUUUUUUUAAUGACAUAAGGUGAUCGGAAAUUAUGAACUAAGAAUAUAAUAAACUAUGGCUUCGCUAUAGUGUACAGAGACGCACUAAUCACAUAAUCAAUGUGUUAUGAAGUUAGUGAUGUUAUGUUACUUUCAACCAUAGAUCUUAAAGGGAUGGGUAGAUAACAGAAUCGUUUCUUGCCUGACAUGUCAAUGUCAGUCAAAGUGCACAAUAUUUUGUUUUCGUUAAAACCUAUUUUUAGCUAAAUACCCUUUCAUUGUAUGCUUCCCAAGACCGGAAUAUUGUUUAAUCUAUAAACUAUCUUGUAUUUAUUUAGUAGAUAAUUGAUAUUAUAUUAAGUGAAGUGAAGCAUUGUCGUAUGUUAUGCCAUGUUUAAGGAGACAUAUUGUUUGUUCUAUUAAUAUAAAUUGCUUUUAUAAAGUCAUAUAGUUGCAUUUGUGAGUGGUUGUAAACAUGAGUCACAAUGAAA